AUGCGGGUAUUUCUUGCGGUUUUAAUAGCCGUGUCAUCAGCGUCAGCCUAUGAUGCUGUUGUAUUCUCCAGUGAACAAGAAAUUACGAAGGACUUCCCGACUAUCCCGAACUUAAUAUCGACCGCAUCUGCAGAGGCGCCUCUCGUUUUUAUUGUCAAUCCUGAUUUCACAUUAGGACAGUUCUCGCGAGAGGCAGCCGCGUAUUCCCAGGAUAAGGUGGUGUCUGGUCUUCCUGCAAUUGUGAAGUCGUCUUUGCACCACGCUCCACGAUAUUUUGCCGAUGGCCUUCAUGCACCCGGAGCAACCAUCCUAACGUCACCAGAUAAUUUCGUUUCUGGUGCAAGCAUAUAUAUCCUCAUGGGAGAGGAAUGGGCAACUAUGGAAAAGCUUGCUGAAGUUGUUCUUCCCCAGAUGGGAAAGAAAUACACUGCUGUAAUCACAUCUAGCGAAGCAGUGUCUGGGGACAAGGUAAGAGUGAAACGUGUUGUGACUUCUGAUAUGGAGAACGAUUCUGCACCGUCGGGCUCACCCUCACCAGAUGCAGCUGGAGGACCGUCCAUGCCAAUGCCUUUGAAUUUGCCUCCGUAUAAUAGGAGUGGUUACCCGGAUGUUCAGCCGGGAAAGGCUAAUCUAGGAUCCUGUCUUCUUUACAUGGAGGGGGUAAACAUUGUGGUGCAAAAUGCUAAGAAAGCUUUUGCUACAAUCCCAGUACGGUCCAAUGGAACCAAUUGGAACUACUCAGAUGGAGAUGUUGUAUGUACCAAUACCUCCGCCACAUUUUUUGUGCGUAUGAUGCUUGACGCGGACGCAGUUGAUGCCAAGAAUCAGAUCAAAAUAAGCAAAGGAGCUCAAUUAAAGUUCAGGCUCGACUUCACGGGAACAAAAGCAGGCUUUUAUUACCUUAGUAAUGUUGUUGCCGACACCAUAUCUGUUGAACGUCUUUCUGGAGACUUCCUUAGUGAGGUGAGUUUUGUUCAUGCUUGU